CUCCGCCCGGCCCGUGGCGGCCCGGCAGAGCACACAUACGGGGAGGUGAACCAGCUGGGUGGUGUCUUCGUGAACGGGCGCCCGCUGCCCAACGCCAUCCGCCUGCGGAUCGUGGAGCUGGCCCAGCUCGGCAUCCGCCCGUGCGACAUCAGCCGCCAGCUGCGGGUCUCGCACGGCUGCGUCAGCAAGAUCCUGGCCCGCUACAACGAGACCGGCUCCAUCCUGCCCGGGGCCAUCGGCGGCAGCAAGCCGCGGGUCACCACCCCCAACGUGGUCAAGCACAUCCGCGACUACAAGCAGGGCGACCCCGGCAUCUUCGCCUGGGAGAUCCGCGACCGGCUGCUGGCGGACGGCGUCUGCGACAAGUACAACGUGCCGUCGGUCAGCUCCAUCAGCAGGAUCCUGCGGAACAAAAUCGGCAGCCUCUCGCAACCCGGAGGCCCUUACGACGGCGGCAAGCAGCCACCCCCGCAGCCCGCCCUGCCCUACAACCCCCUCUACCAGUACCCGUACCCCGGCCCCAUGGCCCCGCCGGCCGCCAAGAUGAGCGCUCACCCCGGGCCCGUCCCCGCGGCCCACGUCGGGCUGCCCCGCUCCUGGCCCUCGGCUCACUCUGUCACCAACAUCCUGGGCAUCCGCACGUUCGUGGAGCAGACGGGGGCUCUGGGUGGCACCGAGGGCUCUUCCUACCCCCCCAAAAUGGAAGACUGGCCCGGCGUGAACAGGACUGCCUUCCCUUCCUCCCAGGCCGACAAAGCCGCCGUGGAAGGGGACAUCAAAUACCCGCAGCCCGCCCCGGGGCUCUCCUCCGUGGGCAGCUUCCUCCCGGCCUGCGCCUACCCCCCCGGCAACCAGCACGGCGUCUACGGCGCGCCCGGCGGCUACAUCCCCCCGGGGCACCCCUGGCAGCCGCAGGGCCACCACGGCCCCGGGGUGACGGUGCACGGAGGCGAUCUGGCCAGCGCCAUGGCCUUCAAGCAGCCCGGCAGGGAAGUCACGGACAGAAAACCCGGCAGCCCCGUGGGGAAGUCCCCGGACCCUCUCAGCCCCAUCCACGGACUCUCGAUCCCAGCCUCCUCCUCCUAGAGCCGCGCACCGGGCACACUCGCUUGGAACACACACCUGCAAAAGCGUGACUGGAUCCCAAAGUGCCACCCAGCUGUCACCCAAGUGCCACUGCCUCCGAGGGACGAGGAGGCCGGCGAGCGGUGACGUCCUCCCACGGCAGUCCCUGCACCGGGGGACGCGGUGGGGACACUCGUGCUGCUCGGAGGGACACGUUACCUCCAGCGGAUUGCCGAGGGGUGACAGAAGAGACUCAGCCUUCCUUCUCUAUUGUGUCUUUCUGCUUUUUUCCCCCUCGCUUUCAGUUUCCUUCUCUCUCUCCACUGUCCCCCGAGGACCGCCGGGCGCAUCCCAGGCUCUGUCCCAGCCCCAGGAAGGAACCAGCAGCCAGAGUGUAAAUGGACAAA